AUGUCCCUCAAUCUAGCCACGAAGGCGAUCCUGUUGCUUACCGUGCCGCUCUUCUCGACCUCUUAUCCACAACACGCAAGUGCCAGCACCAUCGACCUGCCCAGCGAUGUGGCCGACCUCAUUCCGGCGUGUGUCACGGGCUGCCUCUCCUCCUUUGUGAAGGAGAACUUUGCCAACAGCAGCUGCGGUGACCAGCCGACGCUGCAGUGUCUGUGUGCACAUACCGGGGAGAAUGGCUACACCGUUGGAGAGGGCGCCCUUGCCUGUGUUGCCAUCGAAGACAGGAGCGGCUACUGCAGUGGUGAAAAUGCAACCGAUCAGUGCUGCUCUAAAAACCCACUCAACCCUGAUCGCAACUCUGGUUGUUCAAACAACUGCCACAGCAUCGGCCUCGACCACAUUUUCACUGUCGGCACUGUCGAGGUCAUCUACAGCUCGGGAGACAGCCACUACGCUGAUCACUGCUUCUCCUACGGAACCGUUUACCACAUCGCCGACAGCAUUGAUCACGGCAUCAUCCACCAUAUCCAACACAGCAUCAAAACGCGUCGUCGUCGUCUCGAAGGAGCUGAGCCUCCCGUUGACAUCGGCUUUCUCGAGGCGCGGGAAGCGUCUGGUCCCAAGCGCCGUCGUGAUACCCACCCACACGAGCUGGAGAUCUCGCUGCCGCUCAAUCUGGAUCCACGGGGACUAGGACUGGCAGGCCAGAUAGCAGCCCAAAGAGACGGCGGCCGAUUCGAGAAUGCCAGACAUCCGCCAGCACCUACACAGGAAGCGAGCAGCCCGCGGCCACAGUCAGGACCACAGUCAUGGCGCGGUGUCGCUUCUCCGCAAGCCCAGGCCAUGGCUGUGCGCUCCGAAAGCACAAACGUGAGGAGCCAGUAUCAGCAGCCGGUGACACUGCUGCAACGGGCUCUGCCACCGUCUCAGGAGCGAGAGAGCGUCAUCACCGAGUUUGCCGAGGACGGAGAGCCUGAAAGCGCAAUUGAUCCGAUGCCGGCGAGGCGGAGCGAGCUUUUCUGGUCACGCCGAUCCUCUCCACAGACAAGGUCGGUUGUAUCUGGCAUGCUGGACGGCUAUGGUUCCGGGCGGACCAGUGAGGACCGGCUUCAAUCCAGGAGAGCAGUCCCUAGCUAUGCCAACAGCACUCGGGCUGGCAGUUUGAAUGUCCAGAACCCAUUUUCUGAUACAAAUCGCCGACCUCCUCGGCAGGCGAGACAGCAAUACCAGUCUAGGCCUGUCCUACAACCUCAGGAUUAUCUGGAGCGGAGCCGGAACAAUAUCUACAAUGUCCAGAAUAUGCCGAUGCAGUAUCCGUCGGCGUACUACAACAGACAGAGACCUGGCUUGGUUCCCGAAGGAGCUUACCGGCAGCCAGGGGACCACAGAACAAGGUGGCAGCUCUCUGAUGGCCCGACUAUGGAGGAGCGCAAUCCAGCCGGCUUUCACAACAGCCCCUUGGUGAACAUGGCGCCAUGGCCAAGUCCUGCGCCAGUCCCUCCUCUGAAAGUUCCCAGAAGGGCAAGCCAACAGAUGCGACGAUAG